AUCAUGAUUCUGUAAGAUUUUUCCAUUGAUUUCUAAGAACCAAACAAACCAAUACUCAACACACGUUGUCCACUAAAAAGCUACUUUAAUUCAGACCUUUAAAGAAAAUUGAACAGAUCUGAAUGGAAUGGAGGUCCAAUUGAAUGACACUAUCUUCAAAGUGAACUGCAGGUUCCACGAAGGAACGUAUGCUGGAAGCAAACGGGGUUGACUGUAAGAAACGAAGAGUGGAAGAGUCAUUUGCGCUUCGAUUCCCUUCAUCAAAUCUUGUCGCCUUCAAUGGCCGCUCCCCUGUCUUGCAUAUUGAUGGAGUGUGCUAAGGCGAUUGAAGGUGGUCGCUUGGAUGUUGCAGAUUCACUUUUGGCAGUAAUUCAAUCUCUAGCUCCUAAAGAGGAGAGCAUAUGGAGGAGGAAAGUUGUCAAAUACUUUGCUGAGGCUCUUGUCCGGCGAGCCUAUGGAAUUCGUCCUCCACGUACUUUACCCCCGCUUCCUGCUCAAUGCGAUCCAAGGGAUUGCAUGUAUGAACCUUUAUACAAGUUUGCUACAAUCACAAGUAAACAUGCCAUUGCUGAUGCCUUGAAUUCGGGAUAUAAACGACUCCGCAUUAUUGACUUCUCCACCAUGUUCGAUUUUUGGCGGUGGAAUUAUUUAAUUAAGGAGUUCAAAGAGCAGUAUGGUGGCCUUCGACCAGUCCUAAUAACCAGUAUCGCACCGAAACUGUCAAAACACUCUGGCUAUCUCCGUCAAAAUUGGGAACAGGCUCGGAAGGCUGUGGACAAAAAAUUGGAAUUGAGGCAAUUGAUAUGCAAUAGUCCGGAUGAUAUUGUCAAUUGUAUUUCCAAACUCAGAAGGAAAAGUGAGGAUGAGAUUGUGGUUGUGAAUUGGAAUUAUAUACUCCACAAAUUGCUUGCACAAGAUGGGGCAACGGAGCAAGUGCUUUCAAAAGUGAAGGAUUUGGGAGCGGACAUCAUGGUAAUUGUUGAGCAAGAAGCCAAUCUUAACAGUCCUGAUCUUUUGAAGCGGCUCGAACAAUCAUUCCAAUACUACUCCACUAUUUUUGAGUCACUGGAGAAAACGUAUAUUACCAAAGCGUUAUGGGAGAAGUAUUUCAGGCGACAAAUUGGGAAUGUGGUGGCAUGUGAGGGCGUUGACCGGGUCGAGCGGAUUGAGUCAUUUGCUCAGUGGCAAAAUCGCCUGUCUCAGGCUGGGUUUUGUCCAGUUCCUCAACAGGUAGACGAGUUUAAGAUGUGUUUUCAAUUCGAUUUUGAUGAAUAUGGAAUCGAAGAGAAGGAAGGGCAUAAUAUCCUGCUAAGUUGGCACGGUUUUCCGCUAGCUGUAGCCUCAGUUUGGAAGGUUACUGAUCCACCUCAAUUCAGUGGCGGUGAAUAAUCCAAUUCCAUCCUUUCCUUUCUCUUCUCUAGUUAAACUAAUUAUCCAUCAAUAAAUUCGCUGUGUAUUUUCACUUUAGGCUACUGGAAAAACAUGUUGACAGGUCCUUACAUAAUGCAAGAUACAGUUGAUGACUCAGAAGGGAUGUCGAGCUCGCCUGAGUCUGAGGAUGAUGAAGAAAAUGAUUCUCUAGUUCGCAUAAUGGCAGAUAGAAACUUAUGGUCCGAAUUUGUUUCCGAGAUUUAACAAAUUUCCUAGUUUUAUCUUUAUGGCAUGGGGGAUUGCAACAA